AUGUCAACGUCAGGUGAGAGUAACAAUCUUAGUUUUGUUAACGAUUUGAAUCCUGAGAAAGAUAUGUGGCACAUGAAAGCGAGGAUCAUCCGAAAAUGGAAUCAGGGUUAUAAAAUGUAUCCCAUCUUCAUUGAUGAAAAGAUUCAAGAAGGUAUUAAAAAUCAUUUGAUACCUGUUUUUGAUGGACAACUUCAAGAAGAUGCUGUUGUUAUUCUGUCGAAAUUUGGUGCGGAUGUUGUUGGAUCUGUGGUUUGGUGUGGAGAUCUUGAAUUCUUUGGCGGACCUCCAAAAGAAACUAAGAGGAUGAAUUUCGAUAUUCAAGACUUGGAGGGUAUGUUUUUGCGAUGUACUAUGUGGAAUGAUUAUGCUCUACAGUUUAACGACUUCAUCUCUAAAACCCCACCUCAUGAGCAUGUGAUGGUUGUUAUACAACACGAAAAGUGUAAAGAAUGGAAAGCUAAUUUUUAUCAAUUUACAGUUCAAAGUGAUAAGUUUGCAACUCGACUGUUUCUGAAUGAAGAAAUCGAUGAAGUUAAUCAGCUAAGGAGGAGUCUUAUACUGAAUCAAGGACAAGGGAGUGGUUCUACUUCUCAAACAAUACUUUCAUCUCAGACUGUUUUUCCAUUGCAUAAAGAAUUUGUAAUAGAUGGUGUGAAGAAACAUGUUGAUGAGAUUAGUGAGAUAGAAAAGUUUUCACAGCUUUUUAUAUAG